CCCGAUAAUUGAUACGCCCACCGCCUCGAAACCUCUCAGCUCCACCUCCUCUCCUAAGCUUCUCCAACAUCCUACGCCAUGUCGGAAAAAAGCCAGGCCUCGUCUGAAGAGUCCUUUGCGUGGAUUGAGACUCCCCCCGCUCCAUCCCCAGCUCCCCCAGCACAGGAUUGCGGUGUGAGGACCACUUCGUACCCAGCCAUCAAGAAUGCACCCCUCCCCGCGGACGGCCCUGGAGGCGAACAAUUCUCCAAUCUUCUGCUCUUCUCCAUCCUGGGUGGUGUCCCACUAUACCUGUCCUGGAAAAUCGGUGGAGGAUGGAAGACGGCUGUAUUCAUCGGCAUAAUCGUCGACCUGCCUCUCCUCGCGGCCUUCUGGAUGACCAUGUCCGCGUUGUCGCCCCGCAAAACUGACAAGGCCUCGUUUCCCGGAAAGCCCAUCGAGCACUACCUCACUUUCCACAAGGAAGAGCACAAGGAGAAAUACCAUGGCAAGCGGACAAUUCCCAUGGAGACCUUCCAUGAGAUGUACUUUGAUAGUCAAGUGGACUUCAAUGGCGAUUGUCUGGAGAUUCUGGAGCAGCGCCACGACUGGGCAAAUUUCCGCUUCACCAUCAGCCUCAUUAAGUAUUUCUUGACUGGUAUGAUGCCAGAAGUCAUUAUGCACACUCGCAGCCAAGACGAGGAACAAGUCCGCGACCACUACGACCGCGGUGACGACUUCUAUGGCUGGUUCCUAGGCCCACGCAUGAUAUACACAUCUGGCAUAAUCUCUGACAUCCACAAGGAGGAAUCUCUGGAACAGCUCCAGGACAACAAGCUCGCCAUUGUAUGCGAGAAGAUCGCGGUCAAGCCCGGCGAACGCAUGCUCGACAUUGGCUGCGGCUGGGGCACUUUGGCCAAGUUUGCCUCUGUCAACUACGGUGCGCACGUCACAGGUAUCACAUUGGGUCGCAACCAGACUGCCUGGGGGAACAGCGGUCUCCGCCGCUCUGGCAUUGCUGAAGAUCAGAGCUGCAUCCUUUGCAUGGACUACCGCGACAUCACUAUCCCAGAAGGGAAGUAUAACAAGAUCACCUGCCUCGAAAUGGCCGAGCACGUUGGUGUGCGACACUUGGGCGGCUUCUUCUCACAGGUCUACAACAUGCUUGACGACGAUGGUGUCUUCUUCCUGCAGAUCGCUGGCUUAAGGAAAAGCUGGCAGUACGAGGAUCUCAUCUGGGGUCUAUUUAUGAACAAACACAUCUUCCCUGGUGCCGAUGCAUCGACUCCACUGGGCUUUGUUAUCGACAAACUUGAAGGCGCGGGUUUCGAGGUCAAGCAAGUUGACACUGUUGGCGUACACUACUCCGCUACACUGUGGCGCUGGUAUAGGAACUGGAUAGCGAACAAGGACAAGGUUGUUGCGAAGUAUGGCAUUAGGUGGUUCAGGAUUUGGGAGUUCUUUCUCGCCUACUCAACCAUCAUAUCUCGCCAGGGCUCUGCUACCUGCUUUCAAAUUACUCUCGUCAAGAAUAUCAACUCUACACACCGAGUUGAAGGCAUCGACACCCAAUUUGCAUUGUCCGGCGCGUUGAAUACGUCCAAAGCGCGUCUUGCGAAGAAGGCGUAAGAGCAAGCUAAAGAUAACUUAUUGCGAACGAAGGCAAGUAGCACAGCACUUCGCGGGUGACAGAUGCUUCCUGGGAGUAGGUGUGUACUCACAAGGAUUGAUGAAGAAAGUGAAGGAGAGAUGGUGGACCUGAAAAGGGGUAGUUAAUGUGAUGUGGAUAGUCAUGUGAUCGAAUCGCAUUGGUCGAAUCUAGAC